AUGCCGACCGGAGAUACCGUGUCGUCCGAGCCGACGCAGUCCGCCAACCUGUCCGACGGCUCGGUCAUUGCACAGCCUAACGCGGCCGACGACUCCCCAAAUGCAGACCAUUCCAACCUCACCACAGACCCUGGUUCCUCGUCUCCUGGCGGGUUUGAAAUGUCGUUUCAGGAUGACGAGUACCUAACCAUGUUCAACAACCUCAAACUGGAUGUCAAGAGCGGCAAGCGCGACAUUACACAGAGCGUCAGCGCCCAGGAUAGUUCUCUCAAUGCAUCUUCCAACGUCACCGAGGAUUACUCUGGAGCCGGUUUCGAAACUCUGGACUUCGAAGACAUGCCUGCAGAGUUCGAAGCGAUUCCGGGCGCGUCUCCGGCCUCACACUCGUCUCUGGAGUCGUCCGGAGAACCCAGCAAGGUCACAGAUCUCGGAAGCACAGACACAAAACAAACCCCUGACACAUCAACAGCCAGCACCAAAGCCAAGCAAAUGGUGGAGACGGCAACAGCAGCGACAACUACAACAGCAGAUGACAAGGAGAAUCGUGAAAUACCCGUUUCUGAACAAAGUUCUGUUUCUCAGCUACCUAAUGCUUUCAUUCCCGAGCGAACGUCGUCAUUAUCUCCUCUGGCUAGGAAGAAGACCCCCAAUGUCGCCCCCACAUCUUCUUCUGGCUCCCCUCUUGCAUCGAAAGGCAUGUCGUCUUUCCAGACAAUUUCUCCUCCGCGUGAAAUGUCGUUCAACAGCGUCAUUAGACACUCCAGCAUGCACACCGACAGCGUCAUCCACCACGGAGUUGCAACCCUGGAGGACGUAGAUCUCGGAUGCGACACCGACCUCGAGUCCCCUCCCUCUCCGGAACAUUUUCACAUGAAGUCUCUAGACGACAACAUGUUCAGCGUCCCUGCCACUCUCGACGACAAGACUGUUCUGGGCGUUAAGCAGGAACGGGCCCAUGUCGACAAGCUGGUCAACGACAAGUUCAACCUCCAGGUCGAGAAUAUGAUGCUGCGAAACAAUUUGAACCGAGGCGAGGGAGGAUCUCAGGCCGGAGGCGUGGAUGCUCUGAAACGAGCUAUCCGCGAGAAUAACGAGAUGAAGGAGAAGAUUGAGCAGAUGGAGAAGGAGCUGUCGCGCAAGCGAGACGGCGGUAUCGAUUCGGAGGAGAUCAGGGAGCUCAAGGAACGCGUCGUUAACUAUGAAGAGCAAAUUGAGUAUCUCGAGGGCAAGCAGCAACAACAGCAGCAGCAAGACUGGGAGGACAUGCGCUCCAGUAGCAGUGCAUUUGGUCGUUCGAGCCGGCUGAGUGGUUCACGUGCACCCUCGCGAGGAGGUGUGCCCCCCAACAAUCAUUUCAUGUCCAACAGAAGCAUAUCUCGCCAGUCCUUUGUUUCUGACGGUGGCAGUGGAGGUCCUGGCGGUGCUACACAUCGGCAGUACAGCCACACGCCUCCUCUGGUCCACAGCAAUCGCCACUCUCAGCAUAUUGACACGGAUGAGGCUCAUGUUAUGGACCAGAUGCACAAGCUGCAGAAUCUGAUCGAUCCUGAUGGACAUGCUGAUUCUGAGACCGAUGAGGACUCUAUCUACUCGCGGUUCUCCUCCUUCCUGACCAUCAUCACGCAGUACAUUGUUGCUCAACAGGAAAAGUUCCGGCUUACGGAGCAGGAGUUUCAGAAUCUCGAGCAGGACUACGAGGAUAUCCAACUGCGAGUCGCCCAGGAGUCUGCUGAGGAGAUUGAGGCGCUGAGAAUUGAGAUAGAGAAUCUGCGUAACGAUUUCUCUAGUCAAGAACAAGAGAACGACAACUUACGUCACGAGCUGAGCCAGCACCGCGAGGAGGCGCGGCAUUAUGAACGGGAAAUUCUGGCGCUGUACCCUGACAUUCAGACGCUGGAAAACAACAACAAGCGGCUGAAGAAGGACGUGGAGAAGAAGACCCGGUCACUGGUGGAGAUGGAGGAGCGGCUACAGGGUAUGGACGCCGAGCUGCAGCGUGCGACGGAGCUCAACGAGGAAAUUGGUGCGUUUGCGGGCAGCCUAGAGGAGCAGCUUGAGGAGCUUAAGACAGGAGGAGUAGAUGAGAAGGAGGUAGAGAGAGUCAAGGGCGAGCUGGAGAAAGUACGGCAUGAGCUGGAAGUUGCCACUGAGCAGGCAGGUGUGGCCAAGAAGGAUGCCGACACUGCUCGGAUGGAGCUUGCCGGAGUCAAGCGAGAGCGACAGGACCUUCAGAGAGAGUCUGAUACUCUUAGGGAAGAUCUGGAGACUCGAAACGUGGAGUUGGGUACUCGCAAUGUCGAAUUGGAAACUAAGAAAGUGGAGGUCUCUUCCCUGACUGCUACGGUUGAGUCUCUGAAGGCAGAGGUCUCUUCUCUCCAGGCUAGCAUGAACCAGAUUGCUACAGUCAUGGUCGACCACGACAUUGAUGUGGAGGCUAUGACUAUCCCACAGCUUGUACUUGAGCUGCUGAAUGAGCGGCAAGCACUGCAUGUUCGGAUCAGCGAGCAGGAGUCCAUUUCGCGUUCUUCUGCCUCUGAGCUUGAGCAGAAGCUCACAGAGACAACCCUCCAACUCCAGCUGCGUGAACAGUUCACCGACGAUCUCGAGGCACAACUGGACGAUGCUCUUAGUCGAAUUGAGCAUAUGGGCAACCACGAGGCCCGAGUGAUGGAGCUAACUAGGCAGCUCACCCAGUUUGAGGAACAGUUCUCCAACGACAGAAAGCACAGCGAGAUGGAGAAGGCCAAGCUGGAGGCUCAGAUCAAGCGUGUGCAAGCUGACUCGGAUCUGCGGUCUGCAGCCCACCAGAAGCAGCUGUCGUCAUGGCAGAAGAAGCUGUUCAACGUAGAGUGCAACCGAGGGGACUUCUCGAAAUCCAUCAUCGAGAAGCUGGCUAACAUCCUUGGCCCUGUGUGGAAGGAUGCCCAUGACGACGACCUGUCCAAGCUGAUGAAGGCCAAUAGCACACCGUCGGCUGAGGUGGUAACCAAGCUGUCAAACGAUGCUCUGCAUGACCUUGGCCGAUUGGUGAGUAAGGGCAACUCGGAGAUCACAAAGCAGCUGCAUCAGCUGCGAAUUGAAGUCGACUCUCUCAAGUACAAGAACAACAAGCACGAGGAGCAAUACCGGUCGCUCAGCAACUUGUACAAGAAGGCUGGCCUGGAGAGAGACGACUACAAGAAGCGGUUGGCGCAAAGCGAGGAGGACAAGAAGCAGCUGGGCGAUCAGCUAGAGCGGACUUCUCCACGACGAAAACUCGGCAGUGGAAUCAGUUCGGCUAGCAUCUCGUCGCUGGGUUCGGACGAGGAGGAUCUCGGACGGGUACAGGUGACUGCGCGGGAGAUUGACUCUCACCAAUCUCAUGCUUCGCCGAUGGGCAAGCCGUUCUCGUCUGUCCUGUGGGGUAUUCGAAACGAAGACAUUCAGCAGCGUCUCAAGCUGGAGAAGGAGAUGAGAGCGUCCGACAAGGCUGCCGCCGAUAAGAAGAUCAAGGAGCUGGAGGAUGAGCUCAAUGAGGUCUACCGGCGAGAAGCUCAAAGGGAGAGAAACUACUAG